UUGUUUGAAGUUUUAAAAAUAUUUUUUUGAUAAUUUAAAAUUUAAAAGUAAACAAAGUGGUUGCUACAAAAUUAUUGUACAGAAGGAUUAAUAUAUAAAUAAAGUAAAAUUCGAUGGCGUACGACGAAUCUGCCACUACCAUGAAAAGACAAAAUGUACGAACUUUAUCAUUAGUAGUGUGUACAUUUACAUAUUUAUUAAUUGGAGCUGCUGUUUUUGAUGCACUUGAAUCUGAUACUGAACGUAGACGCUGGGAAUUUCUAUCAGAAAUAAGACGUAAUAUGAUGAGGAAAUAUAAUAUAUCUCAGGAGGAUUAUCGUAUGGUUGAAAUUGUUAUUAUUGAAAAUAAACCACAUAAAGCCGGUCCUCAAUGGAAAUUUGCUGGUGCAUUUUAUUUUGCAACUCUAGUUCUUGCUAUGAUUGGAUAUGGUCAUUCGACUCCAGUAACUGUUUGGGGAAAAGCAUUUUGUAUGGCUUAUGCUAUGGUGGGAAUUCCUUUGGGCUUAGUAAUGUUUCAAAGUAUUGGUGAACGUUUGAAUAAAUUUGCCUCAGUUCUUAUAAGAAAAAUAAAAACAUAUUUGAAGUUUAGUAAAACGGAAGCUACGGAAAUGAAUUUAAUGUUUGUUACUGGAAUGUUGUCAUGUAUAAUUAUAACAACAGGUGCUGCUGUUUUUUCUCGAUAUGAAGGCUGGAGUUAUUUUGAUAGCUUCUAUUACUGCUUUGUUACCUUGACUACUAUCGGAUUUGGUGAUUAUGUUGCGCUGCAGAAUGAUCAAGCGUUAUUAACAAAACCAGGAUAUGUCACUUUAAGUUUGAUCUUUAUUUUAUUUGGAUUAGCAGUUGUAGCUGCCAGUAUUAAUUUGCUUGUUUUGCGUUUUAUGACAAUGAACGCAGAAGACGUUCGUCGAGAUGACAGUGAACUACAAGCAGCAUCACAUCAUGUAUUAACACUAGACGGUGAAGUUGUAGCAGUUAAUGGAAAAAUUUUGGCUGGCCAUGUUCCAAUGUUACAUGACACCGAUGAUUGUGUGAGUGUUUGUUCGUGUACUUGCCUUGGUACAACAAAUACUGACCUUUUUGACUCAUCGGGUUACCAAGGCUAUCGACCACCCUCAAGUACUGCAAGUCUUCGCAUUAAACGGGCAUCUGUUUGAUGGAAAAAGUUUCGUCGUCGUAGUCUACUUCGUCGAUUAACGGAAGUUGAUAAUGAUCGUAAAGAACUUGUUGAUAUUUAUGGAUAAAAAUAAUUGUUCAGUGUAAAAGUGCGUGUAUAAAUAUUCAUGAAAAACUUUUUAUUUUAAUUAUUUUUAUUUUAUAUUAUAAAAAGUGUAAGUGUACUUAACGUCAUGAUGCUUUUUAAUAAAAGAGUGAUAAUAACGACAUAUUAGCUCUAAUUGAUUUAUCGAUCAAAAAUUUUUUGAUUCAUUGUUAGUAUCGAUCGAGACUUGACUUAUUAUAAAACAGGUCAAUAGUAAUUUACAAUGGCUGAUAAAAUAAAAAAUAAUUUAUCAUCAUCAUCUAUUUUUUUGGAUAAAUUUAAUACUGGAUUACUUAAUUAUCGUUGUGUAUUUAAAUCUGGAUUUAAUCAUAAUCGAAAUGAUGUUCAUACUGAUCUUCUUAAAAUUGUCAGUCAGAUUGAUUCCAUAAAUGAAGUAAACAAUAAUUUAGAAGCUGAUAAUUGUACAGAAAAAAUAGAAGUACCGUAUCUUCAAUCAAUAAAAAAAGAUGGAAUUAAAAAAAUAGUAACAGCGGAAGAAUUACUGGCUAUGAAGUUGAUGGUAGAAAAUAAUGAAAAUUUGCCAUAUCAAUAUGAACUCGUUGGUACAGAUUUGCAUGAAAGAAUAAUUCCAAAUCCUCAAUUAAAGGGAUAUUUAUUAAUUAAAAAUCCUAAGAAGCAUGUAGUUAAUAUUAAUCACAGAUUUCCACCAGCUUACUCUACUUAUUACUUUUCUACUACAGAAGAAGAAAAUAAUAGGGGAAAUUAAUAAUGUCGCAGACUAAUCUAUUAAUUUAUUAAUUUAUGACAGAAAAAUAGUAAAUAAUUUAUAAUUAAUUUUAUUAAUAACUGCACGUAUUUUUUUCUUUAAUUAAUUAUAUAAAAUGUAUUAAAAUGACACAUUUCGUCUUAAUAUUUAAUUAUUCAAUUAAAAAAUAAACACUAAUUAGAACGAU